UAGGCUACACUCACAUUUUGAACACAGACAUUUCAAAUGGUUUUUACGUUUUGUUCUUCUAUUCGAACAGCGCAGCAUAUUUACGUGACUUCCGCACGCACGACGUUUUCUGCUAACAAGUAACUUAGGAAAGGAAAUUGGUGGAAUAUCCAGCUCACUGAAAACACCACCGAUUACUUAAGUGAAGGAAAUAACUAGUCCUGAAAGGAUCAUUCAGUGAAAACGUUCUGAUUGAUGUUGGAACAGAAGAUAUUGAUGUUUGAACGCCACGAGAUUUUAGGAGAGAGAGGUCAUGGCUUGGUCUACAAAGGAAUGUGGCAUGGCAUUCCAGUGGCCGUCAAUUGAAAAUCGAAAACGUCAAUUGAGCAAUUUUACAAACGAACGGGAAGAAACAGCUUUGCUGAAACUCAAUCACCCUAAUGUAAUCGAAUUAUUUCACGCAGACGGUGAUCAGGAUUUCAAGCAAUACGUUCUCGAAUUAUGCGAAGCCUCACUCGAUCGAUUAUUUUUGAAAGAUGGCGACCCGCGAAAAUACCGUGGCCAGAUGCCACAGGAGAUUGAAGUUCUCUAUCAAUUGUCCAUUGGACUCGAGUGCAUUCACCAAAUGAAAGUAAUCCAUCGAAAUAUCAAACCAGAAAACGUCCUCAUCUGGGUGAAUCCAGUCAACAACGAAGUCGUGAUGAAAUGGUCUGGAUUUGGAUUGAACAAACUAGUCAACGAAAGGGGAACUUAUUCCAUGAGUGGAGUUAGAGAAACGUACAACUGGCUGGCGCCGGAAAUUUUGAAAUUACUUCAAUUGGACGAGGCAAGUAUUGGGUAUAUUGUCUAAAAAAAGUUGAUGGAUUUGUUCCAAAACCCAAAAGUUCGCAACGGGCGUGAAGUGAAUCUGGCUUUCAGGCCACGGGCCUGAAUGACUCCUGCAGGGCCUGAAAGGUACGGGCCUGAACGUCGCCCACCCGUCGCGAACUCAUCAAGAAAAUGAUCCAUCCCGACCCAGAAAAAAGAAGGUCUUCAUCCGAUGUGGCAGAAGAACUAAGACAGAUCAAAUCCGACUUAGGUUAACUCGCCCAACAUCAAUACGAAGAUUUAAAUGUUUCAUCUGUUAUUAUCAAUUACGGCCUGGGGGUAAUAAACAGCUUUUUAUUAAAUUUAAAAAUUUCAUUGCAUAUCCCAGUGGAGUAGUAACGAGUAACCAAUAAAAUAAAAUAGAAACUGA